AUGUCCAGGGAGAAAAAGCCUCAGCCGCAUUUCCACCGCCAACACCUCAAUACCUCAAUACCUUCGCCAUCACCAACUGCAACACAGCAACACCCAACAAGCUUUCACCCACCGACCUACCCAAGACUAUUCUACCAGCCCGAAACAUACCCAUCCGACGAUCCGCCUCCACGACUUUCCAGACAAGAACACGUCAGAAACGCCAACAUCCACGUACCAGCAGACCCAACACACACGCGAUGCAAACGACUUCUCCACCGAACCAUACAAUACUCACAAACUGACAUGAAGAACGUCCAGAGAUGCUCCAAAGCGUGA